CAAAAUGGCGCCAUGCAUGAAAACAUUGCCAUGCUGAAACUGUCAGAGGGGAGAUAUUUACGUUUUUUUGGUAAUUGCCGUCCACAUAUACCUACAAGGGGAGAAGACAAUGAGAUAAUUUGAAUUGAGCAAAAUGGACACAGAUUUUUUAGGAGCGAUUAGAGAGGAAAUUGCUUUGGAAGGCUUAGAUGGUAUAAGCAUAGAGUCUCUGUGGGUGCGGCUAUCCGGGAGACAGAACUUUUCCAUCAAAUUGACUGACAAGUCAAAAGUUUACCUGUGGCGAUGCCUUGUGACCCUACAAGGCCUGGAGUACUAUGAGAUCCCAAUACCACGACCUCCACUGGUCAUUUAUAAUAGUUUGGAGUCCUUCGACCCAGAUUCAGGACGACUGAUAGAACUGGAACAAGUUCCAGAGGAUCUCUAUCCCAUUGAUAUCGUUAAUCAAGAUGGCAUUUAUGGAUCAUGUUCAACGUAUGAAACUCGCAAAAAUGUGACUGCCAAGGUGAAAGCAGAUGGGAAAAGGCCAGCCGUAACAUUGGAGGAGGCAAAACAAAUAUGGGGUGAGAAACUGGUGAUUGUGGCAUCCCAGGAGAUUCGUGAGAAUGCGAUCUGUGGACCAUUGUAUGACCCCUCCCACAACUGGUCAAACAUGCUCCACGCCUACUGUAUCCUGGAGAGGAUUGGCAGGUCACGGUACAAUGGCUGUAUGUCUGUGGGGCCACUCAGCUUACAGCUUUUCAAUAUGCCUCCCAAGACUAUAUUCUACCACACCAAAAACCUCGUCAAAUUAGGACUUGUCAAGAAACAA